CGCGCGCGACGCCGCCGCGCGACGCCGCACACGCGCGCGCGCCGCGCGCGGACCUCGCGCGCGACGUUCCUCGCGCGCGCGGCGUCCCGAAGCGCGCGCGCGAUCGCGCGACGCGACGCGACGGCGACCGAACGCGAUCGGUUCGCGCUUUGAAUCGUCGCGACGACGACGAUGUCGACGUCGCCGACGCGACGAUCCUCGCGACGAGGCGCGCCGACGCCCGACGGCGAGACGAUGGACGAUGGAGGCGGAAUCGCGCGCGACGCGCGCGCGGCGGCGUCGCGGGCGAACGUGAAGGUCGAGACGGAGGAGGGGAAGGAGGACGCGCUGGGACGAGGACGGCGGGUGCGAACGGCGAAGCUCGAGACGGGGGACGAUGGAAGGAACGGGAGCUCGACGCGCGCGGGGUCGUCGACGCCGAAACGGGGGAGUUCGGUGGAGAACGAGCCGGCGUCGAAGAGCGACGGGACGACGACGGUUUCGGCGUUGAGCGUGCUCGGCGUGCAGGCGCCGCGAGUCGUGGGUAAGCGAACGCCCAGGAAGCCGUCGAGCGCGUACGUUAACUUUGAAAAUGCGGCGGAGGUUCUAGUUUCGCUGUCGCCGCAGAUCAACCGCGAAGCGGUUCGCGCGGCGCAGCAAAAUAGCCCGAGUAGGAGCUACGCGACGAAGAGUCAAAUCGCGGACUUGGCGUUGGGUAACGUGACGACGCCCAGACGAAAGCGCGCGCGGGCGUUGUUCCCGGAUGAAGUGUUCACGACGAGCACGGCGAACGGUUCAUCGCCCGCUAGAAGGAAGAAGCCGAUGUCGGCGGCGGAUGAAGACACGCUCUACGGCGCUCUAGACGGAUUGAUGACGCUCGCAGAGAACGUCGCGGCUCCAUCGCCGCAACAGACGGAUAGCAUGAAGAAGAAACGUAAGCAAGGUAGUGGACGACCGCGCGGCUCGUACGGGUCACCUUCACGCCACCUGCCGCCGUUACCGAAGUAUGCGCUCAAGCCGACGCCGAUGCCGGUCGGGAAGAAGAUGUUGAAGAUAAACAGGCCUCGGCGCCACGUUUCGCGCGAGAUCGAAUCUGUUGGUCUCGGCGCGGCGUCCUCACUCUUUCACGAUCAUCGUCUGAGCGAAACGGCUGAGGCGACGACGACGACGCAAGGAGACAACCGGGCGCGUUUGCUCAUCGGUGCGCACGAUCCGUUGACGAGACGCUGGGCAAACGCCAACUUCUUCACCGCUGGUACGGACAAGGGCUGGUUUGAAGACAGUGGCUUCUCACGAUGGUUGCAGCACAUUGGUAAAGGCGAUAUGCGCGUCGCUACGCGCGAAGAAUGGCAAAAAGUCCGUCGAAAAUUACCAAAGACGAGACGCCUUUCGCUCAAAUUUUUGAAGGACGAGCGUGUGGACUUGGAGUAUUUCCGACACGCCGCGCGCGAGAUGACAAACUUGAAAUUGCACGGUACGGUUCUAACGGAUGAGCUUAAGGCCUUAAUGCUCAAGUGGACGGGUGGCGUUCCGGUCCCGUCGCCGCUCGAAGUCGGGCAAACGGUGUUGGCGGUGCAUCCCCGAUUCCAUUCGCCGUACAUAGGAAACAUAUUGAUUGUCGAGCGCGCCACCUGUCGCGUACAAUUUGCACGUCCAGAACUCGGUGUCGAGCUCGUCCGAGACAUCGAUAUCAUGCCAGUAGACGCCAACCAAGAAGAGAUGGAUCUGAUUGCUGCGGGGACCGCGGAACAAAUCGAAAACGAAGCCUUCAACGCUGGUUUCCGAGGAAUUUACGAUCCGCUGCCGGUGGUCGGUGGCGGUGGCCACGCCUACGGCGCCGGCGUCGCAGUUGCCGCACAAAUGCGUGAGAUGGACGUCCGUUUGCUCAACGAAGCUCAACAAGCUCUCGAGCGCAAGCGCGAGCUCGUCGAUGCGUUGCGGAUGAAGAAUGACGCCGCGGAGGAGUUCAAAAAGAAACCAGAACGCGUCAAGCAAGCGGCGGAGACGAACGGCGAAGCGCUUAAAUUCCAACGAGAAUACGCCGCCAUCGUUCUCGCCUUGCGCGGCGCCAACGCGGAGUUGGAGGGUGCUUUAGUUCGCUUGCGGCAGCAACAGGGAUAUCACGACAAACCCCUCGGGUUGUGGCGGAAAAUCAAGAGUCAGAAUUUGGGCGACGGUCAUCGCGCUCUCUCUCGAUUCGCCCCACCAUCCGCGACGCCGAGCUCGGACGAACUCUACGCUUCGACGGCGGAAGACAUCGUCGCCACCGCCGGCAUGGGCGCUCGUCGCAUCGUUUACCACGUGCAAACCACCACCAACGCCGGCGCCGAGAGCACGGCGACGCUCAAUCCGAGUCUCCAGGAACCUCUCGGAACCGGCGCCACUAAGUCCGAUCUCCCUCCCACCGCCGCCGACGUCGACGCCGAAAAGCUCAAAGUCACCCAGCUCGUCACCGCCAUCGUCCAGGCCGCGCUCACCAUCAAAGCCUGCGCCGACCGCGGCGCCAGCGCGAGCGUCCUCGACGCCUGCCUCCGCCGCGUUUCCGAUUCCCUUCGCCCCGUCGCCGUGAGCAAUCGCGCCGCUUUCGACGCCGUCGAGCGCGCUCUCAAAGACCUUCGCGACGUCUUUCUCAUCCGUUGACGCU